AUGCCUCCACCCCUUCGCGGCACUAAGAUCCUCGAUCUCACACGCGUCCUUGCUGGGCCCACCGCGACGAUGCUCCUGGCAGACCUUGGUGCGGAUGUGAUAAAGGUGGAAGAGGUCACUCGUGGAGACGACACUAGAUCUUGGUCACCGCCGUCCGCUCCGCUUUCGCCAUCUGCCCCCGCGGAGACGUCCCACCUCCCGCCGGAAUCCGCUUACUUUCUCGCUGUCAAUAGGAACAAACGGUCUCUCACCGUCAACUUCAAGCAUCCCGAAGGACUGGCCAUCCUGCACAAAUUGAUCCGCCGCGCCGACGUGCUCGUUGAGAACUACAUCUCCGGAAAGCUAGCAACCAUGGGCUUAGGCUGGGAAGACUGUCAUAAGCUGAAUCCCCGGCUUAUAUAUGCGAGUAUCACAGGAUACGGUCAGACUGGGCCAUAUUCUCAGGCAGCAGGAUACGAUGUCAUCAUCGAAGGCGAAGCUGGCCUUAUGCACAUCACUGGUGAGCCCGACGGAAACCCUUGCAAGGUCGGCGUGGCGGUCACAGAUAUCGCUACUGGGUUAUACGCCCAUGGUGCUAUCAUGGCUGCUCUAUUGUCCAGGCAGCAAACUGGCAAGGGCGUGUGGAUUGAUUGCAAUCUUUUUGAGUCACAGUUAGCUGGACUUGCGAACAUCGCAUCAAACUACUUGAUAGCUGGCCAGGAAGCAGGGCGGCAUGGCACAUCACAUCCUUCAAUUGUUCCGUACCAAGUCUUUCCGUGCAAGGAUGGUUUCAUCAUGAUUGGUGCUGGGAAUGACAGACAGUUCAGGAUCCUAGCUGAAAAGAUUCUUGAACAACCUGAGCUUGCUUCCAGUGCAAAAUUUGUUGACAACCGAUUAAGAGUUGCCAACAGGCAGGAGCUAGUUGAGAUUAUCACAAAGAAGCUGAUGCAGCAAAGUAGGCAUUAUUGGCUGCAAAAAUUCUCUGGCCUGGGAAUACCAUUUGGUCCAAUCAACAAUAUUGAGCAAACUUUUCAGCAUCCUCAAGCAGUUGCACGCAAAGUAAUAGUGGAAGUAGAGCAUUCAAGGGCAGGAAGGGUCAAGCUUGUAGCACCAGCUGUGCAUUACAAUGGUAAGAGAAUGCCAAUAGAAAGACCACCACCUUGGCUAUCACAACACACAUUUGAGAUUCUACAAGAUGUGGGUUAUAGUGAACUUGAGAUGCAGGAUCUAAGGAGAAGGCACAUUGUAUAA